UACAUUAACAUAACAUAAUCAAACGAUGCCCGCGAUGACAACUUUCUUCAAGAAGAAUUAGAAUCGUUCACAGUGUAUCGACGUAGUGACAAUUAGACAAUCAGUCUCGUUCAUCAUGGAGGAUUGUCAAUGAGAUGAUUAUUGUAAACUGUGCAAAAAACGUGUUGAAGCUGGUCGUAGUUGUGUUUAUGAAGUUAUGUAAAUAGUACAGUCAGCCAAAAGACAAACUUUGUCGAUUUGAACAAGAAAAAGACAAAUGACGAAGGAAAAGGUUUCCAGUGAAACAUUGAAGUUCGUCAAACCCUAGGGUUUACACCAUGACAUCAUAACCAAGAAGUUUUCAAGACUUGUACGAACAAUGCUGAUGCCAAGGAAGAAGUCGGCUUCUAUUCUGAUUUUUAUAAUUGCCUUAUUUAUAUUGAGUUUCACAAUCCCUAACAGGGAGUUAAUCAAGUCAACAAAUAUCAAAAAGAGAAACCAGAAAAGUUUGGAAACAACGUUAUCGAUAGGACGAUUUGAGCGUCGCCGCCAUGAUCGUGGGAAAACUGCUAAAACACACUUUAAAUACUCAAAACAAAAACCAAAUAACGAAAAGAAAGUUUAUGUCGUCACAGACAAUAAAAGGAGUUUAAAUCAAGCAAUCAACCAUCUCCAGAGGCAGUUCCCAACCGUAAUCAUUCUAGGUGUCAAAAAGGCUGGUACCAGGGCACUUUUAGARGCCCUUCAAAUGCACCCAAAGGUAGUUGGAGCUUCAAAUGAGGUGUAUUUUUUYAAUGGGUUUCAUACAAGAGGUCUUGAAUGGUACCGCCAAAAGAUGCCCCUGUCCUCCUCUGAUCAAAUAACAAUAGAAAAAAGCCCAACGUACUUCACGAGCGUAGAAAAGACCCAAGUAGUGCAUAGGAUGUUUGUGUUUUCAAGAUCUACAAGCAAACCGCUGAAACUCUUGGUAGUUGUGCGCGACCCCGCUGAACGGUGUUUGUCCGAGUACACCGACCUACUAGCACGAAGCCGCAAGGACGAAAUACCAGCUGUAAAUGAGAAGUUUGAAAGCUUUGUUCUCAACAAAAAUGGUUCAGUGAAUGCGAAUUCAUCUCUUGUAAAGACAGGAGUGUAUAUUAAACAUUUACGACAAUGGUUGGAGUAUUUCCCGCCAAACGAGAUUCACUUUGUCAGCGGAGAGGGCCUGGUUAAAAACCCUUAUAAGGAAAUCAAGGCUGUAGAGACGUUUCUCGCUCUGCAACCUUUCUUUACGAAGAAAAAUUUCAAAUUUGAGCAACGGAAAGGUUUUCCAUGUUUUGUCCCUGAUGGUUCUGAUGAGGGUAAAUCUUUCUGUCUUCCACCAAACAAAGGUCGUAAACACGUACAAGUAAAAAGAAGAACUUUACAACUACUACGAGAAUUUUAUCGACCUUACAACAAACAGUUUUAUGAAAUAGUUAGARGGAACUUCUAUUGGUCUUAAAACAUGUUCAAGAAACAGCAAUAGUUGCCAUAUCACCUUGGCCAUGCAGCCUAACACUGUUUUUCUCCUUUAUUUUAUCACAGUUUUCCCCCUUAGCCCCCUUUCAUCAAUGUUGGGUCUUGUUUUGGAUGCUUGUGUACUAUGGUAACAUGAUCAAUGACAACAUUGUAUUUAGGGGGUCAGGGGGGUGAAAAAAGAAAAUCCGCAAAAAUGAUGCAAGGUUUUUGGCAAAGAUUGCAGUAUAACAUGUGCAUAGAAAAAUGUCUCUACUAAAUAAGCAUGCCUUGUCUACUGCAAAUACAAUGUUAUUAAAGUUUGGCAUGAUUCAAA